AUGUCUCCGUUGCCAUGGAGGUACAGUUGGUACAACUACAGGCCGGAUAGCAGGGAGCAGUUUUCCUGGACUUGCCCUAUAUUGGCAAUCCUAACCAGAGAAAACGAAGGUGAAAACCAAGCCAAGUGUCCUUCUGCCCAUAACUUGGUCCCCUACGCGAGAUCAAAUGACCAGCUUCACGUCCCUACCAAAGCCGUCGCCUUGGGAGAACACCAGCUGCUGUGGCGACUGAGCCACCGUACAAUCACCCAGAUGGCGAAGCUGAUCAGUUUCGUCUCUGGAAGAAAAUCAUCGGGUUCAGGAACGCCCGUUUUGCUUACUAUACAUCCAUACGAGGAAAAGAAAUUGAAUUUCCAUGUUCUAGAGUCGUAUCCAAUGAAUGACUCCGAAGACCAGUAUAUGGUGGAGAAAUCAUUACUACCCGUAUACACGGAAAUGUCACGGUUGUAUUAG